ACAAACAACAGCGUAAAAGUGUUCCUAAACGUAGGAAGAGAGAAAAAAAACACGCGCGUGUGAUUAACGUUGUGAGCAGUGAGAACCGUGUGAUAACAGUGAUAUUCGAAGCAGCAUGAGAAUUAGUACGAGUGAGAAAGUGCGAUUUUGAGCUUUAGUUUAUUGUGAUAAUCAUACCUAUCAUUCCUGCGUUUCAUCUUAGAGCAAGCAAAAGCAACGAGAAACCCACCGAGAAGAUUGUGCUACAUUUCGUACGAUAACAACUCCAGCGUGUAGCAUAAUUUAAAAUUUCCUCACCGUAUUUGCGUGUGUGUGUGCGUGUAUAUGGAAAUCAAAUUCCAAACCCGGCCUACUUGGUGUUGGAGUUAAAGUGCACCAACGAUUGCUACGCAGUGUUUCAUAAUAACAACAAUAAUAAACGAACUGUCAGGUCGAAAUGUCAAAAGUUCAACAACAUUAAGCGCUGCUUUCCACCUGGCUGAUAUCAACAGGAAGCAUUAUCGCUCCAAAAGCCUCAAGGAAAUAAGAUUCUGACAAAAUAGAGCAUCUUAAAAUUAUUGCACUUUUUAAUUCACACGACUAAGGUAACAAGUGAAUAACAUGACUUCUUGUGGGGACAUUAUGAACUGUUAAAGAUCGCGCUACGCUACUCGUCUGUCGAGCCCGAUUAGGCAGAAAAAUAAAAUAAAAAAUAGCCUAAAACCACCCCCCCGAAUCAAUCACGGAACGUUCCAACGACACCGACUCGCGGACGCUCGAUCGAAGAAAGUAUCAACGAUGCCACACCAGUACGGCAUACCGGGGUACGGACAGGCACCACCAAGUCCGCCGACACACCAUGGCGGCAGUGGUGCACUGCUGCCACGGCUCGGUGCCGGAGGGGCCGUAAUUCCGGUGACCCCCAACAAUAACGGCGGUUCCGGCAUGGGGCCCACCACGUCGCCCAUCUUUCGCAGCCAGAUCGAGGAGCGCCGAUUGACGCGGGAAGCGAUGGAAAAGUAUCUACGCGAUCGCAACAACAUGGUCAUUGUUAUACUGCAUGCGAAGGUCGCCCAGAAAUCGUACGGUAAUGAGAAGCGCUUCUUCUGUCCACCGCCCUGCAUCUACCUGUUCGGCGAGGGUUGGCGAUUGCGCAAGGAGCAGAUGUUACGCCGGGGUGAAAGUGAACAGUCGACCCAACUUUGUGCCUUCAUCGGAAUCGGCAGUCCCGAGCAGGAAAUGCAACCGCUCGAUCUGAACAACCCGAAACAGUACUGUGCGGCGAAAACGCUCUUCAUCUCCGAUUCGGACAAGCGCAAACACUUUAUGCUGUCGGUGAAGAUGUUUUACGGUAGCGGGCACGAUAUCGGUGUGUUUCAGUCGAAGCGCAUCAAGGUGAUAUCGAAACCGUCGAAGAAGAAACAAUCGCUCAAGAAUGCUGAUCUGUGCAUUGCGAGCGGUACGAAGGUUGCGCUGUUUAAUCGGUUACGGUCCCAAACCGUUUCGACGCGUUACCUGCACGUAGAGGAUGGACACUUUCAUGCCAGCUCCACGCAAUGGGGUGCCUUUACGAUCCACCUGCUGGAUGAUAACGAGAGUGAAUCGGAAGAGUUUCAGGUUCGUGACGGAUACGUACACUAUGGUGCGACGGUAAAGCUCGUCUGCUCCGUUACUGGGAUGGCGUUGCCACGGUUGGUUAUACGCAAGGUUGACAAACAGAUGGCACUGCUCGAGGCGGACGAUCCGGUGUCGCAGCUGCACAAAUGCGCCUUCCACAUGAAGGAUACGGAGCGGAUGUAUCUGUGCCUGUCGCAGGAAAAGAUCAUCCAAUUCCAAGCCUCACCGUGUCCGAAGGAACCGAACAAGGAGAUGAUCAAUGACGGUGCCUGCUGGACGAUCAUCUCCACCGACAAGGCGGAGUACCAGUUCUACGAAGGGAUGGGUCCUGUACGGACACCGGUGACGCCCGUGCCAAUCGUAAGCUCGCUACAUCUGAACGGUGGUGCCGAUGUGGCGAUGCUGGAAAUUACUGGUGACAACUUUACACCCUCACUGCAGGCAUGGUUCGGCGAUGUCGAGGCGGAAACAAUGUAUCGCUGUGCCGAAUCGUUGCUGUGCGUUGUACCGGACAUUUCGCAGUUCCGCGGUGAAUGGUCUUGGGUUCGUCAACCCACGCAAGUGCCUAUUUCGCUGGUGCGUAACGAUGGAAUCAUUUACGCGACCGGUCUUACCUUUACCUAUACGCCCGAACCGGGACCGAGACCACCCUGUCCGGGGGCAGAAGAUGUCCUUCGCCGGGGGUCAACCGGCACACUGGCGGUGGUAACCAAUGCGAACAGUAAUAACAGUAACAGUAGCAGCAACAACAGCAACAGCACACCGGUGGUCAAUCAGCAAGGUGGUCCAACUGCCGGCACAUUGCCAUCGAUUGCAGAUGUUAGCUGGAGUUCGCACGGUGGCGGCUUACCGUAACACCACGACUAGGCCCCAACCGGUAGGGGAAAUGGCGCAGAAACAAACGAAAACACACAAAAACCUCAACCGAUCAGGCUCUCGUCGUUAGUAAGUGAAAGUGGAGGAGGAGGAGGAGGAGGAGGCGACCUGGGGGAAGGUUAUUACUAUUCGGGAUUAGCAAAGUUGUAGAGCACAGUAACCGUAAGGGCAUAUUUAUUUAACAAAACUCACCAUACAACGAUGCACACAAAACACACACACACAUUCGCUUCUCGAACACCUUAGCUUAAGUAUUGCUUCCAAAGAAACACGGAAGAGUUUGUAGGAAAGAGAACGACAAAUAACUUUUCACCUUACAUUAAGGUUUUGCUUCGUUCUCGGUGUAGAGGAAAAGGCGCAUGGUAGCGGGGAAGCAUUUUGAAUGACAUUUUCUGUUCAAUGUUUUUUUUUUCUUUCUUCUAGUUGAAAGAUGAAACUUUAAGCUUUUGCCUAUGGUUGUAAGUUUUUUGAAAUCUUUUUUUUUUAAUUGUGUUUUUAUAUUGGCUUUUGUUUUUAUACACUAUCUGUAUGAUUGAUCGACGAAGCUUAAGAUUCUUAUGUAUUGCGAUCAGUAAAAUAGCCAAAGAUAUAUGUGUGUUUUUUUAUUUGUUUUUUAUUGUCUGUUUAUUUGGUUUGACUCAAAUAAUCGAAAACAAGUAAAAAAGGCAUUAUAUUUUGUUGUAAAUUAAAUGAAACUAUUUAUAAAAUUUGAUGUGAAAAAAUGUAUGUCACUUACGACGACUGUCAGAUGUUGAGUUUGCACAAGAAAAAGCUUAAGCAGAAGAAAGAGUAAACUUUUUCUCGCUUCUUUGGAAUUUCAGAAUAAAGGAGGGUUUCGUCCUGACUUUUUCUAGUUUUCCUUGAUUUUAUUUACAAGCUGAAUUUUAAUUUCCUAAUUAAAAUGUCUUGCACAAUCAGGUUGUUUAGUACCGCAGAAAUAGGCGAACAAACAAGCUUUUUCUGUUCAGUUACUUCAACGCCAAGCUUUACUACCACAAACCCUUGUUCUCCAAAUUGAAAACCAUGCCAAUAGUCAUUUUCUUUAUCAACCACAAUCGUCGGUUGGUGUUAUGCAUAUGAAAAUUUACGACCGUUCUCACAUCCAUUUCGACGCAAAUGAGAAUGUGGCAUCAAGUAAUUAACGGUGCGAUAGCGGUCGCGUGUGUGUAUGUGUGCAUAAAUUGCACGAUUGCACAAUCCCACCCCGAAGGCAGUUGGGUGUAUUUUUUCUUUUCUUUUUGUAUGCAUAAAUUGAUGCAUUCAAUUCAAAUGAAUCUGUCGCUUGUGAGACUCUGUAGACGAAACGAAAGCUCCCGCCUAUAUACUAUCGCCUACCGUAAGCGUAACGAAGAACAGCAACAGCAAACAAAAAAAAAUGCGAUUUAAAUUAUAGCAAACAACUAGCAGCGUGUAAAUUUUGCAUCGAUCUAGAGAGAAACUUUGACUUACUCUGUUUUAUCAGAUUCCAAAAGCCAAUGAAUGACGGGUUUUAAGCUUUAGAGAUGUCCCUUCGGGAUUGUAAUCGAUUUUUUUUUAGUAUUUGUUGCUCUCCGAUUCGCCAAUCAAGCUGAUUGAAAACCGUAGCUAGGCACAGUGUAAAUAGACGUUUGGCUCAAACUUUUACUCAACGAAGGAUGAAUGUGAAGGAGUGUUGUGCAGUAUUAAGAGCACUGAUUUUAGCACCUAGCAUGCAUAUAUACAUAGGUAGGAUUAAACAUAAUUCUGUGAAUAUAGCUUAGCACAAGCUCGUAAACCAUUGAUCAGUUCUCUAUAAUUAUGCUUUCCACCGGUAUUGUUUUGAUAUUCGCUUAUUCUUAUUUCGCAGUAACACUUCUAAUCUGAUCUCUUCGAACGUUGCAGUCUAAUCGUGUUUACUAGUUUAAUGUACCAAAGCUAGUAAAUCGUUCGGUUUGCGGCAGCUCAAUUUUUUUUAUGUAAAAAUGUAUUGUGUGAUCAGCGUUCUGUGUUUUCUUUAACUUUCGCAAUAACCGUUAGAUCAUUUUUUUUGUAAUUUGUCACACAAAACAAAACGUUACUAUCACGAAAUACCAGGCGCCUCCAUCUAAUGAAGAAAAAAACAACGGUUCAGAUAACAUGUGUACUAUAGCGGACAGUGGCUGUCCAAAUUGAAUGCGUUUCUGUGACAAUCUCUAUUCAGAUUGUUCCGUGUGGUGUAGGGCACGUAAAGCAUGUAAAUAAGUGUGUAUACAAAAUAUCCUCUCUAUUUUUUGACGUGCCGUCUCUGGGAGCAGCACAACCGAGGUGAAACAAAAUCGACGCAAAACGAGCAAAACGUUUCUACCAAUACGGAAGUUUUUUUAUAAGUGAACAAAUUUGUAAACGGUGCACUCUAAUUCAAUCUGGUCCUGCAAAUUAGAAUGGCAUAUUACCAUAGUCUGUAACGUUGUGCAUGUAGCUAAGAAACGCAAAGAAAAGACGUAAACUGUGCACUAGCUAAAGAUGAAGAAAAAAAAAGCAUAAAAAGACCUAUUUUUAGAGAUUUAUAUAUACAACAACACGCAAAGAUAGAUUUAUAUUAAAACGAUGCAACGAAGCGUAGAAAGAAACGGUUACAACGAGCUGCUUUUAUUGCGACCGUACAGGAAAGCACAGCGAAGUUGACAAUUAUUUUUUAAAAGAAAGAAUGGAACUACCAUUUAAUGUUGCAAAACUAUUAUAUUAUAAUACUAUCGCUCCUUGCCACCUUAUCACGCUUUCCAGGUUUUAACAAGAUACCUUUUGUAACCGUCGGAACCGUAAAGAGUUGUUAUGUUUCGCCUGAGAAUGAAUAUGAUUCUUCUACUGUGUAGGAAAUUUAACCCCUGCCUAAACCCCCGGACCCAGUUGACCUGUAACUGGGGUUAAAGUGCAACAAUCCCAAUAAAACAGUAAAAAAACAGUACUCUGUCUCGAAAGGAACUGAACAGCGUGUGAACAAUUAAACCCGUGAGAUUAUGCUAGUUUGUAAAGAGAAAUUUUCACGCGAAACCACCAAAACCCCUUCCAGGUACCCUUUUCCCCCCUGGGGGGGAAGUGUAUAGUUCAGGUUCACAAAUCAAACUAAUAAUCCCUCCGAAUGGUGUUUUUGUCGUGGUGGUUAAAGCUCCGUGGGAGAGAACGAGAGACAAAUCGUAGCACUGUUUUCCUUUUUUUUUUAAAGAAACCUCUAAUGACAAGAAAGCAGCGGGCGGAAAAAACAAGAGAAGAAAUGCAAGUUAAUUGUUUUAUAAGUCGUCGAUCAUAACGAGUGCAACAGAUUAGGCAAAACGGGGUUGGAGGAAAAAAAACGUGUAAGCGAGGAAGAGGAGUCAGAGAACAAAACAACAGACAGAUUCCCACUGUUGAGAAGGAAAGAAGAAGAAAAACAUAGUGGAAAAAUAAUGUAAAUCAAGAAGAUCCAUCCAAACUCGCACACAGCCGGGUAUUGUGAUAGGAUGGAAAACUAAUAGUGUUUAAGCAAAGGCAGAGAAAAAGAGUGGCGAAAAAAACAACAAAAGAAUAGCAAAGAAAAAACACAAUGGAAUUGAUGCACUCAAACAAGAGCAUUCCGAGCAAGAGAUAGAGAAGAAGCAAAAAACAAAGCCUGGCGUUAGGGAAAGAAGUCGCCGCAAGCAACGCCAAGGAGUAACGGCGAAGCGUUAAUUAUAAGAAAAUCCAAUGAAAUUAUACAUGUAAAUAUACACCUUUAUUAUGAUUACUACCGAAAA